CUUCUAAACCUCUGCCAUCGCAGAAAGAGAGAGAGAGAGGGAGAGGGGAAAUGGAGAAACGGUGCGUGCAUUGCGGGAAUCCGGUGAAGACGCUACUGCUGCAAUAUUCCCCUGGAAACAUCCGAUUGAUGAAAUGCGAUAAAUGCAAGGCGGUCGCAGAUGAAUACAUCGAAUGCGAUAUCACUAUUCUUUCAAUCGAUCUGAUUUUGCAUAAGCGGAAGGCGUACCGGCAUUUGCUCUACAAUGUUCUUCAUCGUGAUGCAGUUGGUGUCGAGGGUAUAUUGUGGAAGUCAAUUUUCGGUUAUCUAUUUUUAGAUGCAUGCAGGCAUCUGAUUUCAAACAAUAGUAAAGAAGAAUUUGCUUCAUCCACAAGUUCUUUGUCAUCAAUUCCAGCAUGUGGAAAGAUGUUGAUGGAGAUUUUAUUAGGGAAUUUUGCAUUUUUUGGAUUUUUAGUUUUUGCGACCAGAUUUCUGAUGAAGUCAUCUCAAGUCAUUUGGAACAAAGAUGUUCUUCUGGCUAUCCUUGUUUCAAGCUACUUCAAGAUUUUUCUCAUAGCCAUGAUGGUUUGGGAAUUUCCAUCUUCCGUGCUUUUCAUAAUUGAUGUCUUUGUUCUUUCGUCCAAUGCAGUGGCUUUGACAGUACUGACGCAAGUGAGAAUGACCGGAUGUAUCGGAGCAUGCAUCGGUGCCCAUGCUGCAAAGUUGGCGGCUAAUCGCGUGCUGGAGGUUCUUCCAUCAGGAUAUUUGAGAUGUUUUAGCAUCUUAGAUUGGUGAACAUUGUAUUCUUAUUACGGUUAAGCAUGCAGCUAGAUUUGCUUUGGUUUCCUGGGGUCUUGAAUGACAGUUUUCUUGCAGAAAUUUUGCAGUUGCACAUUGGGUAUGCUGGAAACAGAAUUUGAGACCAGGAAGGUCUUUCUGUCC